AUGCUCCAGUCGCUGCGCCAGCUUGGCCUGGCGCCCUCCGCGGCCCGACGUACUCGCUUCCUCAUCCUCGCCAUAGCCCUCUUCAUCACUAUAUUUUACCUCUUACCGACAUCUUCAACAUAUCAAUCGGGCGCCUCCGUCACCAAAACCAGCAAAACAUCCCCCGCAAAGUCCCCCUUCCACAUACAGUUCGACUUUGGCCCCGAAACAGAAUCCGACAAGCGCAUCCGAGAAGAUCGCCAGCAGCAGGUCCUCCAUGCAUUCCAACAUGCCUGGAAGGGCUACAGAGAUCAUGCAUGGCUUCACGACGAGCUAAAGCCUAUAUCUGGUGGGCAAAAGGACCCCUACGUCGGAUGGGCCGCAACACUCGUCGACAGCCUCGAUUCCCUAUACAUCAUGGGCCUGCACGACGAGUUCGAGCAUGCGCUCAAGGCAUUAGAUUCCAUCGACUUUACAAAACCAAAGUCGGACCAAGUCCCCGUCUUUGAGGUGACCAUCCGGUACCUUGGCGGUCUGCUUGGUGCAUACGACGUGAGCGGUGCAAAGUACCCUGUGCUGCUGAAAAAGGCCGAUCAGCUAGGCGAGUUUCUCCUCCAGGCAUUCAAUACGCCCAACGGCAUCCCCGUCCCGUAUUAUAGCUGGGAGACGCCAAAGAAGAAGCUGUCGGGUAAAUAUGGUGUGCUAGUCGCUCAGAUAGGGUCGCUGUCGCUCGAGUUUACACGUCUAGCGCAGCUCACCGGCAAGCAAAAGUAUUUUGAGGCCAUAUCCAAGAUUACAAACCAUCUGCAUAGAGCGCAGAAAAAGACAAAGAUUCCGGGUCUCUGGCCGUCGCAGGUCGAUACCAAUGGUCCGUACUUUACUAGUUCGUCGUUUACCCUCGGAGCUUGGGCCGACUCUCUCUAUGAAUAUCUACCAAAGCAACAUAUUCUGCUAAACGGACAAACAAACCAGUACUUGCAAAUGUACCGAACCGCUCUCCAGCCCAUUACCAAAUACCACCUCUUCCGCCCCAAGACUCCAGGCAACCAAGAUAUCCUGUUCCCUGGAUCACUGGAUUCUAUGGGCCGCGGCAAACCCACGCUAAAAGACGAGGUUCAGCAUCUUGCGUGCUUUGUAGGCGGCAUGGUUGGCCUCGGUGCGCGGAUCAAUAACUCCCCAGAAGAGCUAGCCACUGCCGUCAAGCUCACUGACGGCUGCGUCUGGGCCUACCAGAACACGGCGAGCGGCAUUAUGCCUGAAAUCUUCCAUGUCGAGGCAUGCCCAUCCAAGACCAAGUGUGAAUGGACCGAUACGGAGCACACCGACCUGGGCCGCCAGUUUGGCUUUACUCAGAUUCCCGAUACCAAGUACCAGCUGCGACCCGAGGCCAUCGAGUCCGUAUUUGUCAUGUACCGUCUUACCGGCGAUCGCGAGUGGCAGCAAAAGGGCUGGAAGAUGUUCCGCGCCAUCAUGGAACACACUACAACGCCGCUGGCCAACGCUGCCGUUACCGACGUGACAAAGCCCAUGCCCAAACAGGAGGACUCGAUGGAGAGCUUCUGGCUGGCUGAAACCUUGAAGUAUUUCUAUCUUUUGUACAGCGAACCAGAUGUUGUUAGCCUGGAUGAUUAUGUCCUCAAUACCGAGGCACACCCUUUCAAACUGAGAGAUCACUUGUUUUAA